ACAACGUGACUCUGUUUUUUGGCGGUUUCAUCUGGGACUCUUUUUCGUUACGUUCCGUAGUAAAUUUUCUUAGAUUUUGUCGCCCUCACCUCGCUUCCCUGGAAAAUUUUUCUCUUUUCUCUCGCUUCUAUUCCCUUUCUCUGUCUCUACUCUACAUUCAUUGAUUUUCCACCCUUUGAAUUCACUUCGCUUCUCUUGAUUUUCCCUCUUCUUCCCAGUCUAAUCUCCUCUGUUUCUUGGAGUUUGGCUGGCUAGCACAAAUGGGUUUUCUGAGCAUCAUCUUGGGAAUUCUUGGCUUUGGGAUUGGACUUCCGAUUGGACUUUUGAUUGGGUUUUACUUCUUCGUCUACUCCGAGCCCAAAGAUGUUGAGGAUCCAGUUAUUAGGCCUCUUCAUGAGCUGGAUACAACUGGUUUGCAAGACAUUCUCCCUGAGAUUCCAUGCUGGGUGAAGAGUCCGGAUUAUGAUCGAGUAGACUGGUUAAACAAGUUUCUUUUGGAUAUGUGGCCUUACCUUGACAAGGCAAUUUGUGGUCAGAUAAGAACUAUUGCACAACCAAUAUUUGCAGAAUACGUUGGGAAGUAUCAAAUAGAAUCAAUUGAGUUUGAGAAUCUAAGCCUUGGAACUCUUCCUCCUACAUUUCAGGGUCUUAAAAUCUACGAGACUAAUGAGAAAGAACUAGUCAUGGAACCGGCUAUUAAAUGGGCUGGCAAUCCAAACGUAAUUGUGGUGGUAAAAUUGUUGUCUGUGAGGAUCACAGUUCAGUUAGUGGAUCUACAAAUAUUUGCUGCACCACGGAUAACUUUGAAACCUCUCGUGCCUAGUUUUCCAUGUUUUGCAAACAUUGUGGUAUCUUUGAUGGAGAAGCCACACGUGGAUUUUGGAAUGAAAGUACUGGGAGGGGAUAUUAUGUCCAUACCUGGCCUUUACCGAUUUGUUCAGGAGACUAUUAAAAAACAAGUUGCAAACCUUUACCUCUGGCCUCAAACCCUUGAAAUACCGAUCCUCGAUGCUUCAGCAUUAGUCAACUUCAGCAUGUAUUGUCUACCUCCCAGCCAUCUCCAUCUGUCUCCGUUGUUUCAUCUCAUCAUUCAGAAUUGUACUUCCCCUCCCUUUCCUAUUACUGUUAAUGCUGCUAAUGGGUCUGGUAUGUCAAUUAUAUCUGUUGGGUCUGUCCUACCGUCUGCUAUGUCUGCAGUCUUUAUUCCAUUUGUCUUAUGUGUUCCUCAGUUAUCUGUCAGUUUGUUAUCUAUUAGUCAACUUGAUGCCUCUCGUUUUGAUGUUAUAUUUUCUUUUUCUAUCUAUUCUAUGCAAGAUCGGAUGUCCAAGCAGCAGAUUGGGACUAGCCGUAGAGUUGGAGACCUCUAUGUGAUGGAGAGCUUGCAUCUGCCUAUGACUAGCUCUCCGACUGCCUUUUCUUCUUUUCAAUUAGAUUUUCUGUCCAGUCCUUUCUAUUUGAGGCAUUCUAGAUUAGGGCAUUUGUCCGCUGACCACUUACGGUCUUUAGCUCAGUCAGUUCAUACUGAUGUCUGGGGCCUUUUUCCUGCUCUCACCAAUGGGGAUUCUGCAUACUAUGUGUCAUUUACUGUUGUUAUCGAGCUCGGGUUUUAUCCUUCUGCUUCUAACUCUGUUUUAUUUCUACGACAUACCUCAGCUGGUUUUGUUGCUCUCUUACUCUAUGUGAAUGAUAUGAUCAUGACUGGCUCGGACUCUUCUGCUAUCUCUGAGGUUUUUGAUACAUCUAUUGAGCUUAAUGUGAAGUUUAACUCUACUAAUAAUGUUCCUCUAGAUGAUCCCACUUUAUAUCGCGAGCUUGUGGGUUGUUUGGUUUAUCUGACUGUCACUCGUCCUGAUCUUGCUUAUGUUGUUCAUGUGGUUAUCAAGAAAACUCGUGACCCGCUAUGGAAUGAAGAAUUCCAGUUUAUGCUUGAAGAGCCUCCUGUAAGUGAUAGGAUCCAUAUCGAGGUCUUGAGCAAGCGGUCACGCAUCAGUUUCAGAUCAAAGGAGUCUUUGGGAUAUACAGAUAUUAAUCUCGCUGAUGUAGUGCACAACGGUCAUAUCAACCAGAAAUACCAUUUGAUAGAUUCAAAGCAUGGAGUGAUACACGUUGAGCUCGGGUGGAAGACAGUAUGAGGAUAUGGACAUAUACAUGUUUGUGAUAUGGUAUAUAAAUAUUUUCUGAACGAGGUCUUUGGUCUUAAAAAACUCACAAGAUUGUUACAGACAAGGAAAUAGAGUUGAGGAGUGAGAAGGAAAAGAAAUCUGAAAUUCUGCAUCAUUUGUAGUAUUUCAGUACAGGGCAAGUAUAAGAAAUGAUGCAUAGUUUUGGAGUUAUGAGAGUUGUUCAUGAUGUUCAAAUGUCACAAGUUCUAUUUGUACACAUUUUUUUCUUUUAGUUUGCUGUCAACUUCUGCAAUCUUUAAACCUCUGCAAUCUCAAUUUUUGUAUUACUUCUGUUACUAGGGUAGACAAUACAUAAAUUUGUUGGUAUAACCGUUAAAGGUGGCUGAGAAUUCUGUUCUAAAAA